AUGUCCUCUCUAGCCAUUCAUCCACCAGCAUGUCUGUUACAGCCCUUCCCUAUCACCCAACGUCUCAUGCUCGGACCAGGACCAUCCAAUGUACCUGCACGGAUCUCAGAGGCUGGAGCGCAGCCAAUGUUAGGCCAUCUUCAUCCAGAAACCAUUGAGAUAAUGAAUCAUAUCAAGAGUGGCAUUCAGUAUGCAUUUCAGACUCAAAACAGAGUGACUCUGGCUGUUAGUGGACCAGGUCAUGCUGCUAUGGAGUGUGCCAUCUUUAACUCACUUGAGCCUGGAGACAGUGUGCUCAUUGCAGUCAAUGGCAUAUGGGGGGAAAGGGCUGCGGAAAUAGCUGAGAGGACAGGUGCCAAGGUGAACACAAUUGCAACCUCUGCUGGUGGCUACUUUAAAAAUGAGGAAAUUGAGCAGGCGGUAGACAAAUAUAGACCAAUGGUGUUUUUUCUCACCCAUGGGGAAUCAUCCACAGGAGUGGUCCACCCAAUAGAUGGCAUAGGUGACCUUUGCCACAAGUACAACUGUUUGUUUCUGGUUGACUCUGUAGCUGCAUUGGGAGGUGCUCCAAUCUACAUGGAUAAACAAGGUAUUGACAUUAUGUAUACCGGCUCUCAGAAGGUCUUAAACGCCCCCCCAGGAACAGCGCCAAUAUCUUUUAGUGAGAGAGCCUGCAAGAAAAUAUUUAACAGGAAAACAAAGCCUAUCUCGUACUUUCUGGACAUGAGCUGGCUGGCAAAUUAUUGGGGUUGUGAUGACAAGACUGUACGUGCCUAUCAUCACACCGGGCCUGUCUCUGCUUUUUAUAGUCUACGGGAGAGUCUGGCAAUUCUCGCAGAAACUGGUCUUGAUAACUUAUGGAAACAACACAAAGAAGUUGCAGAAUACUUCCACAAAGGGCUAGAGGAGAUGGGCCUGAAACUGUUUGUGCAGGACAAGAAACUAAGACUUCCUACAGUGACCACAAUAGUAGCUCCACCGGGAUAUGACUGGCGUGAAAUCACAGGGUACAUUAUGAAGACCUAUAACAUUGAAAUCUCUGGGGGUCUGGGGCUGUCGGCCGGCAUGGUUUUGCGUGUGGGACUGAUGGGAUGUAACAGCAGCAAGGCCAAUGUGAACAAGGUGUUAGAGGCUUUGGCUGAUGCCCUUAAACACUGCCACAAGAGCAGAGUAUGACAGAAUGACUGGACAUCACA